AUGCCCGCAGCUCUAAAAGAUACUGCUAGAAUUCUGAAGAGCACUCUCCGUCUCCCAAAGUCGACAUUCCCGCCACGGCCGACGCCGGCCGACCUUGCCAAAUACCUUCCAAGAUGUACAGAUGACCUCUAUGGAUGGCAGCGCCGCGAGCGGCCUGCUUCUGACACUUUCGUCCUCCACGAUGGACCCCCCUACGCCAAUGGAGAUCUCCACGCCGGCCACGCACUCAACAAGAUCGUCAAGGACAUUAUAUGCAGGUCCAAGCUAAGUGAAGGCCGGAGAGUGGAUUACAUACCCGGAUGGGACUGUCACGGGUUACCGAUCGAGCUCAAAGCUCUCGAAAAGCAUGGAUGGGCCCGCGGGCAGGGCGUUGAUCCAGUCGCAAUCCGUAGCGCAGCCCGGAAGUUUGCGUACAAGGCCGUUGACAGGCAACUGGCCGACUUUCGAUCCUGGGCCGUCAUGGGUGAUUGGAAAAACCACUGGAAGACAAUGCAGAAAGACUUUGAGCUGCGCCAAUUGUUGGUCUUUCAAGCAAUGACAGAGCACGGGUUGAUCUAUCGCAAGAAUAAACCAGUCUAUUGGUCCCCAUCCUCGGGGACUGCUUUGGCAGAAGCAGAACUAGAGUACGAGGAGGACCACGCCUCUACGGCAGCAUUGGUCAAGUUCCCCUUGACCGACACUGGACUGUCUGGAAGUGAUACGAUUCAUGCAUUGAUAUGGACCACGACACCUUGGACUCUGCCAGCAAAUCAAGCCAUUGCGGUGCACACCUCUGUGCCGUAUUGUCUUGUCGAGUCACUCACCCACGGCCUGCUGAUCGUGGCUCAUUCAAGGAUCUCAUACCUGCAAGAGACCCUUGGAGAAGACUUGAAGGUCAUCAUGGACAACAUACCGGUUGAAAAGCUGUUGCAGAGCACCUACUCCGGCCUGCAGCAAUUUGGGCACGAAGCCGCGAACAGACCUGUCGUCCAUGCUGAUUUUGUAUCUGCCGAGAGUGGUACGGGCUUGGUUCAUUGUGCCCCGGGUCACGGCAUGGAAGACUAUGAGGCUUUGCAGCCUUUGAUCAGAGCCUCAGUUGUCUCCGUCAAAGCUCCGGUGGACAGUCUCGGCCGUUUUGACGAGACAGCCUCACCCGAGGAUCCCGGCCUACUCGCAGGACUGGACGUGUUCAAGGAAGGGAACAAGACCGUGUUGGAGAUGUUGCAGGCAAGCAAAUUACUGGUUCAUCAGCAUGAGUACAAACACAAGUACCCGAUCGAUUGGCGUACCAAAGAACCAAUUAUCAUUCGUGCCACAUCCCAAUGGUUUGCCGACGUCUCCAAGAUCAAGACUGACACCCUCGAGUCUCUUGAGGCGGUUACGUUCCUGCCCGAGACGGGCAAGGCGCGCCUGCGAAGCUUUGUCGAGAAUCGAAGUGAAUGGUGCAUCUCUCGGCAGCGCGCCUGGGGAGUCCCCAUCCCAGCAAUCUAUCACAAGACUUCUGGCGAAGCAGUAUUGACCUUCGACAGCAUCAGGCACAUCAUGAAAGUCAUUGAUGAGCGCGGCAUCGACGCAUGGUGGUCUGACGCUCCUGAUGACGGAAGGUGGGUUCUUCCUGGUCUGCCAGGAGAUGCGUCAGAUUAUGUCCGCGGCAGAGACACAAUGGACGUCUGGUUCGACAGUGGAACCAGUUGGAGCUUAAUGCUCAAGGACGCGAAACCCCAGCCAACACCGCUCGCGGACGUCUAUGUUGAGGGCACAGACCAACACAGAGGUUGGUUCCAGUCCAGCUUGCUCACUUAUAUCGCAUACCAGAAGUCAUCCCAAUUAAGCCCGAAUCCUGCCUUGCAGCCACAAAGGCAGGUGUAUGCUCCAUUCCGCGUCCUUGCGACACACGGGUUCACCUUGGACUCUCAGGGCAAGAAGAUGAGCAAGUCUCUUGGCAAUGUGAUCGCUCCUAACCAGAUCAUUGCUGGUCUGGGAGUUCCCGCAAAGCAGACGAAGCAUAAACGCGAGAUUCAUCCGCUCGGACCGGACGCCCUGCGACUCUGGGCUGCGUCAAGCGAAUGGACGAAGGAUGUUGUCAUCAGCGAGACAGUUGUCUCGUCAGUCCACAGCAUGCUCGACAAAUACCGUCUGACCCUGAAGAUGUUGCUCGGUAUGCUAGCCGACUUCGAUCCCAAACUGAUUCUGCCGUAUGAAAACAUGUCCCGGCUGGAUCAAAUUGCAUUGCUGCAUCUACACCAGGUGUUUUCCUCUGUUCGCAAGGCCUACACGGAUUUUGAGUUCCAUAAAGUAAAUGCUACCCUCUACCGAUGGGUAACGAGCGACUUAUCGGGCUUUUAUUUCGAGGCUAUCAAGGAUGUGCUGUAUUGUGACAGCAUCACGAGCGAUAGGCGUGUCAGUGCUCAAACGGCACUCCAUCACAUCUUGACGCAGUUGCAGAAUAUGCUUGGGCCCCUCACCCCGCUGCUGGUCGAAGAGAGCUGGGAGCACAGUGCUGAUUUCUACAAGCAAUUACAGCACCCGCUGAAACGAGUGUGGACUUCGGUGCCGGAAGAAUGGCAAGAUCCAUCGCUACUCGCCUUGCUGCCUCAGCUUGUUGCCGUCAACUCGAGUGUUAAAGCGGCUCAGGAGCGAGCUCGGACUCGAAAACUCAUGGGACAGUCGCUUGCAUCAGAUGUUGUCAUCUACCUACAAAAGAAUAUCGACAUGUCCCGUAUACCUAGAGAUACCUGGAAGGAGCUCCUGGUUGUAUCAAACCUUGAUGUCUCAUCGAUAGAAGGUGAAGAGGCCACGCAGCUAGCUGACAUUGAAACGUCAUCUGAGUCGUGGUCAUACUCAAAUGACAUUGUCUCCCAGGACGGCCAGAGAAUUGGAGUGGCUGUUGUCAAGAGCCCUUCCAGUCUCAAGUGUAGUCGAUGCUGGCGGUAUAUUGUGGAACCACAGGAGGAGACAAGAGCUGGUGUGGAAGAGGCUUUGCUGCUUUGUGGGCGUUGCGCAGAUGUAGUUGCGGAAUUCCAAGGGCGAACAUAG